ACCCGGUUCGUCCCCGGAGCGGGGAGGCCCGGCCGGGCAGCCCUGGGGCCGGUCGGGGCGGCGUCACUGCACCCUCCGCCAGGCCCCGCGGUAUGCACCGUGGGAGCCGAGGGCGGAGGCGACACUCUCAGGUAAAUUGGCAAGAUGAGGAGCAGCAAGUCAAAAGAGGUGCCUUUACCAAAUCCAAGGAGCUCUCAAAGCAAGGAGACUGUUCAAGUAGAUGUAACCACAUCGUGGGAUGCACUUUCUCAGACCAAGGCUGCUCUGAGACACAUAGAGAACAAACUAGAAGUAACCCCUGCAAGUACAGCUGUGAGUGAUUCCGUGAUGGAUGCUAAGAAGUCUGCAAGUGCUACCCGGAAAAUAAGUAGAAAAGAUGGUAGAUAUCUAGAUGAUUCUUGGGUCAGUGCUCCAACUUCCAAAUCUUCUAAACCACGAAAAGAGAAAUCUCGUAGUCCUCUAAGGGCUACCACCCUGGAAAGUAAUGUUAAGAAAAACAAUCGUGUGGAAUUCCGAGACCCUUUGGUUUCUUACAGGGAACCCCAUGGUACACUUUUCAGCUUAAGCCCCAGUCAUCUGGAGUCGAAGCAUGUGUAUUGUGUUCACGAAGAAAAAGCUGAGAGUGGGAAGCAAAUAGUAGGCAAUCGGGAAGAUCGGAACAUCCAUUGCUGUGAUUUUGAGAGCUCUCAACCAUCUGUCAUCAGUGAUACAGUUGUUAGAUUUUUAAAUGAUGGACCAGCGAUUGAUGCAUUGCACAAUUCUGAAUGUUUAAUUAAAAUGGGAGUGCAUGUAAGAACUGAGGAAGAAUUGCCUAACAGAACAAAGGGAAGUGAGAACACUUCAAAGCCUUCUCUUAAUAACGUGGGACACGAUGUUGAUCCAAAACUGUUGCUGCUGUCUGACUCUUCUCCAUCUUCUACUAGUGCCUGUAAUUCCCAAAGAUUAGAUAUUUCAAAGCGGCGACAACAUGAUAUUAAACUGGAAAAACUCAAGGAGCGGAUUAGGAAACAGUGGGAGCACUCAGAAGAAAUAAAUGGCCAGGCCCAGACUCCAGGUCACAUUGACCAUCCAUUAAUGGUUGUCAACGGUGACAACUCGGUGACAACGAAAGUCAGAAAAGUGGCAGCAGCACCACCUGCUCCGGCAUAUAAAGGUUUCAACCCUUCAGAGACCAAGAUUCGCACACCCGACGGGAAAGUGUGGCAAGAGGCUGAGUUUCAAAACAUGAGUAGAGAACUGUACCGAGACCUAGCACUGCAGUUCGCAGAUGGUACCUCUGUGAAAGAGAAGCCUGCUGAAAAAAGUAAAGACAAGAAAGUGGUCAAGCCAGUACGGAAAAUCCAAAAGGUGACUCAAUUGUCAAAUGCAGACUCAAAAACAGGUGGUAGUCGUUUGAUAAGCACAUCUUCUUGGCGAGAUGGACAGAAAUUAGUAAAGAAGAUUCUGGGACCUGCACCCAAGAUGGAGCAAAAAGAGCGAAGACCAGCAUCAAGUGACAGAAGUGGAAGAGAGAGAAUGGCUAAAUUUGGGGGCCAUAUUGGAAGAGCAGAAUCCGACCCCAAGUUGGAUGUUGUGCAUAAACAUCUCCCACGAAGCUCAGAACGGUCAAGAAGUAGAGCUCGGUCUGAAAAUAAUAUAGUGAAAUCAGCUCCAUCCCUUCCAGACAAUAAGCAGGAGGAAAACGCUGCCUUAAACAAGGAUUUUUUGCCAGUUGAAAUUCGUGGCAUUCUUGAUGACUUACAGCUAGAUUCUUCAGCUCAAACUGUGAGGCAAGAGAUUGGAGAGUUACAGAACCAGAAGUCAUCGGCACCUGUGCAAGCGCCUCGGAGUCACAGUCCUGUGAAAAGGAAGCCUGACAAAAUAACUGCUAACGAGGAUCCCCCUGUGACCUCCAAAAAGCGCCACUAUGACACAGAUGAGGUACGACAGUACAUUGUCAGGCAGCAGGAGGAAAGGAGGAGGAAGCAGAACGAAGAGAAGAAGGCUCAAAAGGAGGCUACGGAGCAGAAGAACAAACGGUUACAGGAGCUCUACCGGAGACAGAGAGAAGCCUUCACUAAAGCCAAAGCUGUGCCUCCUGAUCCAUCAUCCUCCAGGCGGCUGCAGGAAACAUACUCCAAAUUGCUACUAGAAAAGACUUUGCUGGAAGAGCCAGCUCAUCAGCAUGUUACACAGGAUACACAGGUAAGACCUGGGUAUCAACCAUCUGGAGAAUCUGAUAAAGAAAACAAAGUACAAGAACGUCCUCCGAGUGCAUCUUCUAGCAGUGACCUGUCCCUGUCAGAACCUCCACAGCCUCUUGCAAGAAGAGACUUGAUGGAACCUACAUGGAUGCAGCCUGACAGGUUGAGCCCACGAGUUCACAGUUCUCAAGCACAGCCCCUUGUUGGAACGGCUGAAAAUUUACUUUCCCAACUCUUGCAUCUUGAGCAUGUAGGAAUUUUGCACAAAGACUAUGACUCUAUUUUACCAGCCAAGAAGAGUCAUAAUAAAGCUUCAGGACCAUUAACUUUCACACCUCAACCAUAUCUGACCUCACAAGCUCCUCAUCCAGAUGCCUUGUUAAAACCGAGUACCAGCCAAUAUAAGAGUAAACUGGAUCGUAUUGAAGCCUUGAAAGCAACAGCUGCUUCUCUGUCUAGCAGGAUUGAAAGUGAAGCUAAGAAACUAGCUGGGGCCAGCAUUAACUAUGGGUCAGUAUGGAACAAUGACCAUGAUGUACAGCAGGCACCUCAAGAGAAUGGGCUUUGGACUAAAGCUGUCAGUCCACCUGUGAAAGAGGACAUUGAAGAUGUUUUCUCUGCCCGAAUUCAGAAGAUGCUGGGAACCUGUAUAUCUCAUGCAACUUUUGAUGAUGAUCUUCCUGGUGUAGGCAGUCUUAGUGAAUUUAAGAAACUUCCUGAGAUGAUCAGACCCCAGAGUGCCAUAUCAAGCUUCAGAAUGACAUCCCCUAGUCCGAAACCAGGAGGGCUGCUGGCACAGCUGUGUAAGAGGCAGACUGACUCCUCCAGCUCUGAUAUACAAGCCUGUUCUCAAGACAGAGCCAAAAGGUCUCUUUGUUCCAGCAUAGACUCGGUCAGCGAAGGGCCUCUUCUUAGUGAAGGGAGUCUCUCUGAGGAAGAGGGAGGCCGGGAUGCACGGCCCCUCCUGAAGGUAGCAGAACUCUUAAAGGAAAAAGAAUUCUGUGCUGGAGAGAGAAAUUCUUAUGAACCCAUCAAAGAGUUUCAGAAGGAAGCUGAGAAGUUCUUGCCACUUUUGGGCCACAUAGGCGGUACGCAAAGUAAGGGACCGUGGGAAGAACUGGCAAAGGGAAGUCCACAUAGUGUCAUUAAUAUUUUUACCAAGUCAUAUCAGUUAUAUGGAAAAGGAUUUGAAGAUAGAGGAAUAUCAGCAUCACGGCCUUUCAAUGCCACCACAACCCCACUGAGCAGUAUUUCCUAUGAAGAUGAUUUUGUCUCCUCGCCAGGGAGUGUGACAUUGACAGAAAAAAAAUCUACUCACGAAUCUCAAAUUGGUGGUAGCAACUUAGGCAUACAGGAGGACCAUUCCAGCAGAAAGUCUGUCUAUGAUCUUUCUUCUGUGGACGCUUCCUCUCAGCACUCCUCAGGGGCUCAGUCUGCUGUAUCAUCUCGUUCAUCUGCCUCUAAAGGAAAGAAAGGGAAAAAGGAAAAGACAGAAUGGUUGGAGUCAUUCACUGGGAAUUCUCAGAGCUCACUUAUUGAUGAGGAGAAAGUACCGUCUGACUCAGAACGUGGUUCCCAUCAAGGAAAGAAACUUGGAACAGGCAGUAAACUUGCUGUUAGAGACUUUGAGCAGACUCUGGACACUGAGAGCACUUUGGAAGAACUUUCUGGUCAUUCUGUGAGUGGCUCAUCAGACAAGGGAAGAUCUCAGAAGACUCCAACUUCUCCCCUAUCUCCAAGUUCGCAGAAAUUGUUACAGUUUGACCUUCCUGGGACUUCUUUAGAAAGAUCUAAGUCCUCAGUCAUAGUUCCUUCAACUACCACUGGAUUUAAGCCCACUGCAGCUUUCACUGAUAUGAACAAAACAGAGACGGCUUCAACACCAGGUUCUAAGCGUUUUUCUCCUGCUGGUCUUCAGCAUCGCAUGGCUGCAGAGCUCAGUUACCUGAGUGCCAUUGAGGAGUCAGUGCGUCAGCUGUCAGACGUGGAGCGAGUUAGAGGCAUUUCUCUUGCUCAGCAGGAGAGUGUAUCUCUGGCUCAGAUCAUAAAGGCACAGCAACAGCGCCAUGAAAGAGAUUUGGCCUUACUGAAGCUAAAAGCUGAGCAGGAAGCUCUGGAGUGCCAGAGGCAGCUAGAAGAAACCCGGAACAAAACAGCUCAGGUCCAUGCAGAAUCCUUACAGCAGGUGGUUAAGUCUCAAAGAGAAGUGACUGAAGUCCUCCAGGAAGCAACUUGUAAAAUAGCAGCUCAGCAGACAGAGACUGCUCGCCUCACCACAGAUGCAGCUCGGCAGAUCUGUGAGAUGGCAGAACUAACUCGGACACAAAUCUCCGAUGCCAUUGGUGCUUCUGGAGUUUCCCUAACAGCACUGUAUGACCACCAGCGGCAGCAUCUUCCAGACUUUAUGAAACAACUGAGGACCAAAGCUGAAACAGAUAGGAUAAGUCAGUCUGUGUCGCUCUCUCAGAAUAAAGAAGGAGCUCUGGACUCAAAGCGUCAGAAAUAUUCCCCUUCAUAUGACAGUUAUUCUGAGUCUUCAAGGUACAAGAAUCAUGAUCGAAGAAGUAGUAGUGGGAGCAGUCGUCAAGCAAGCCCUUUAGUUCCAUCUUGUAAGGAAGAUGAGAAGAAAUUCCACAAUGAAAAGAUGGAGAGUUCAAUUGAUGAACAACUUCAGACUGCUGCAGAUGAUUCUCUACGAAGUGAUAGUAUUCCAUCUCUUCCUGAUGAGAAAGACUCGACUUCUAUUGCAACAGAAUACUCCCUGAAAUUUGAUGAAUCUAUGACAGAAGAUGAAAUAGAAGAAAAAUCAUUUCGAUCUUUACUACCUUCUGAGAGUCAUCGUAGAUUUAACAUGGAAAAGAAAAGAGGCCAUCAUGAUGACUCCGAUGAAGAUGCUUCCCCAGAUAAGCCUGUACUGUCUUCUGCCAAGGAGCUGAGCAUGCCAUUCUCGGGAGGACAGGACAGCUUUUCUAAGUUCACCAUGGAGAUGGUCCGACAGUAUAUGAAAGAAGAGGAAAUGCGUGCCGCUCACCAGUCCUCACUUCUGCGUCUUCGAGAAAAGGCCCUGAAGGAGAAGACAAAGGCUGAAUUAGCCUGGCUAGAACAUCAAAAAAAACAUCUACGAGACAAAGGAGAGGAUGAUAAGAUGCCCCCGCUCCGGAAGAAACAGCGUGGUCUGCUUUUAAGACUGCAGCAAGAAAAGGCAGAAAUAAAACGUCUUCAAGAAGCCAAUAAAGCAGCUCGGAAGGAAAGGCAACUGAUUCUUAAGCAGCAGGAAGAGAUAGAAAGGAUCCGGCAGACCACCAUAAAACUUCAGGAGAAGUUGAAGUCUGCAGGGGAGAAUAAAUUGGGCUCUCAUAGUGAUGAUGAUACAAAGGAUAAUAAGGCAGCUAGUCCUGGUCCGACUGGUUUGGAGACCCGCAGUCCUUCCCCAAUAUCUAUUUCCAGCAGUGAAACCAGCAGCAUCAUGCAGAAACUGAAGAACAUGAGAAGCCGCAUGGAUGAAAAACACUGCUCUCCUGUUCACUACUUCUUCUCUGUCUUUACGUCUCACCACUGGGCCUCUCUCAGUGUCUGUUUUCCCAACCUUCAUCCCAAAUUCCAGCUGUAUAUCUACAACCAGUUGGUCAGGUUUCUGACAAAGCGGGAACAAAAACUAAUGCAACGACGACAACAUGCGGAGGAGCUCCUGGAAUGGAAGCGGCGUUUAGAUGCAGAAGAAGCAGAAAUUAGACAAAUGGAAAAACAAGCUUUGGCUGCCUGGGACAAAGAACUAAUAAAACCCAAAACUCCUAAGAAAGAACUGGAGAACCAAAGAACAGAACAGAAAGGACUUACAAGUGAAGAGGAGUCUCUGAUACCUUCCUACUCUCACAGAAACAGUGAAAAUUGUAUUCCAGAAGAGUUAGGCAGCCCUUCUGUCCUCUGUUUACCUUCUGAAUCUAUGGUACAAGUACAGCCUGGGAGUCCAGAUCUCAGUAUACUUACUGAGGAAAUGGUUUUUUCACAGGAACUGGAAUCUACCUCUCCUAGUAAACAUUCUCCUCCCAGAAGUUGUUUAUCUGUGUCAAAGCAAGAGUCUAGCAAAGGAAGUCAUAGGACCGAAGCACACUGUCGCCUUUCUGUCAAGUCUCAUCAGCCCUGUUACAGUUGGUCAGAUGAAUCACCGUCUGUGACACAGUCAGAAACUCCAUCUGACCAGAGUGACAUUGAAGGUAGGAUCAGAGCUCUGAAGGAUGAGCUGCGGAAAAGGAGAUCAGUUGUGGAGCAGCUGAAGAAGGAGCAGAGGAAAAGACAAAAGGAGAGGCUAAAAGCCCAGGAAGCCAGUCUGAUCAGACAGCUGGAGACUUAUGAUGAAUUCAUUAAGAAAACUGAAGGUGAGCUUAGCCAAGAUUUGGACACAUCACCAACAUCCAAACUUCAAAUUAAAUGUCUCUCCUCUGUUUCUGAAAAACCCAAAAUCAAGCCCCAUCCACUACACAGAUCUGAAGCAGCAAAAAAUUGGAAAUCUGUAACAGAAUCAGAGCGUUCCAGAGGAUCCUUGGCAUCGAUUGCCGAACACGUUGAUUCUUCAUUAUCAUGUUCUGAGAGAACCAUAUCAGAAAGGUCAUUACCUGCACACGCAAAGAGAGUGGUUGAGUUGGACAACAGGACAGAAGAAGGCUUACAGGCCUCGUCUCCAGUUCUGUCCUCGAGAAGAACACAGGAAGAACCCGGAGACUCUCUCAAAAGUGCACCUUCAUUACCUCCUCUCAAGGAAUUAACUGCACCUACUAGGAUUUAUGACCUGUCAGAGGCGAAGGCUGAAGAUUCUAGUCAAAAAUCAGAAAUACAAGAACUAGAAUACCCGGAACAGGAGAGGAGUGAGGCCGGAGACUCCUGUUCGAAGCAGUCGGGGAGAUCCGAAGUCUUACUGAGACUAGACCUGACCUCUGAAAUCCUUUCAAAUAAAGAGCUUCCUUCGGACUCUACAAAUCUUCAGAAAGAUUUAGUUAAACCAACCAUUGAAGCUUUUCAUGAAAAAGAGGAAGUAUUGAAUCAUUCUGAGCAAAGUGUAGAUCCCAGUCAAGACCUCCAGUCAGCAAGCGAUGUCCACGAGCAGAAAUGCAGAGAGCAAGGGGACUCGGCCUUGUCAGGACUCCUUGCUCCUAAAGACUCAUCAUAUUCUGAAGAUUUUGAAGUGUCUUCUUUCAAGAAAGGGAUUUCUGCUGAAGAGGUGAACAACGAUGACUCCGAGGUGUUGUCGCCGUCACUCAGGGAAGACUCACAGUCUUACAGAGAUAAGUCUCAGACAGCAAGGAGCCCUAGAAGUAGGGCCCCUGGCUCUGGUAGUGAGGAUGAAAUCAGCGAGUGCCUCAGUGAAAAGAGCCUUUCCAUUCAUAGCAGUGUCCACUCCGAAAGGCUGCUAGAGCUCAAGUCCCCGACUGAGCUGAUGAAAAGUAAGGAGCGCAGUGACGUUGGACACGAGCAGGGCGUUACGGACUCCCUUUCCCUGGCUGCAGUUUCUGCGGCAGAUGAGUUGCUGGACUUCCACAUUGGGGAUAGGGUGUUGAUUGGCAAUGUUCAGCCAGGCACUCUUCGAUUUAAAGGUGAAACUAAUUUCGCUAAAGGAUUUUGGGCUGGAGUAGAACUAGAUAAACCUGAAGGAAAUAACAAUGGAACAUAUGAUGGCAUUGUAUAUUUUGUGUGCAAAGACAAGCAUGGUAUUUUUGCUCCUCCUCAAAAAAUAUCUCACAUUCUAGAAAACUUUAAUGACUAUAUAGACAUAAAUGAAGAUGAGGAAUCUUAUUCUGAUGAACAUUAUCAAUACUAUAAUCAAGAGCAGAAAGAUAUAAAAUGUCUAAAAGACAGAGAAGAUGAUAUAGCUGAAUAUUUUUGUGAGAAAUUGCUACCUAGUAUGCAUAAUAUAGAAGCCUCAGUGGACACAGAUAGAAGCCUUAACAUAGAAACAGAUAAUAAAUUGGACAUUUCUGGGACUCUAGACGUCCAUGUUGACCAACAAUCUUCAGUAGAUCCCCUGAUUUCUUGUCAGGAGAACAAAGCCCUUAUUUCUGACACCACAGAAAAUGUUCCCGAUGCUGCAGGUGCUACUCCAGACAGCACAUUUUCUGAAGAGUCAAAGCUGCAGCAGCUUACAGAGAAGGAAGAGAACUCGUAUUCCCAAGUUUCAGAAAAGCCUUCUACCCCACUUCUGGAUCUUCUAACACGAGAAAAAAAUCAAUUAGAAGCUCAGCUGAAGUCAUCAGUAAGUGAAAAAAAAUCAGAGCAACAGCUAGAAACAGUCAGCUUACUAACAGACAGCUUACUGAGAGAUUUUGUGAAAGACACAGUGAGCCAACUACAUCAAAUCAGAAAGGCUAGGAAUGAGAAGAUCCAGGUCAGCAAUGAGGAGUUUCUCCACCAAAAGGAAGGACUGCCCCAAGACCCACCCCAAAAUAUUGAGGAACAACCACCCAGUGUUCCAAGUUGCUUUUUAAGACCUGAGUUGGAAGAAGAAAAAGAAGAGCUCUCUUCUCCAGAUAUGUGUCCCAGACCUGAGAGCCCAGUGUUUGGUGCCAGUGGGCAGGAAGAGCUAGCUAAGAGACUUGCUGAACUUGAGAUCAGCCGUGAGUUUCUGAGCACAUUAGAUGACCAAGACUGGUUUGAUGAAGAUUUUGGUUUGAGCUCUUCUCACAAGAUUCAAAAGAGUAAGGCAGAAGAAACAAUUGUACCUCUAAUGGCAGAACCUAAGAGAGCGUCCCAGAAACCAUGUGAAACAUUAUUGGCAGUUCCCCACACGGCAGAAGAAGUGGAAAGCCUUGUGCAUAACGCAGCAGAGGAGCUUUGGAAAUGGAAAGAAUUGGGUCAGGACCUUCACAGCCUUCAUGUCCCUACAAAGCUGCUGGGCUGUGCCAGUAAGGGUCUGGACAUAGAAAGCACCAGCAAACGAGUCUACAAACAGGCGGUUUUUGAUUUAACAAAAGAGAUUUUUGAGGAAAUAUUUGCCGAGGAUCCCAACUUGAAUCAGCCUGUGUGGAUGAAGCCAUGUAGAGUCAAUUCUAAUUAUUUUCGUCGUGUGAAAAAUCCAAAUAACCUUAAUGAAAUCAAGCGCUUCAUAACAGCCGAAGUACUCAAGUUGUUUAGUCUUAAGAAGGAGCCAAACCACAAAACAGAUUGGCAAAAAAUGAUGAAAUUUGGAAGAAAGAAGAGAGAUCGAGUAGAUCACAUCCUGGUCCAGGAGCUCCACGAGGAGGAGGCACAGUGGGUUAACUAUGAUGAGGAUGAGUUGUGUGUGAAGAUGCAGCUGGCUGAUGGGAUCUUUGAGACCUUGAUCAAAGAUACUAUUGAUGUUCUCAAUCAGAUCAGUGAAAACCAGGGGAGAAUGCUACUUGUGUGACAUCUUGCAAAUAAAUCGAACACUGAGUGCUAACACGAGUCCUGGGCCUUUCUGCCUCCCGAUACACACCCGUCUCCACCAUAGCAAGGAUGCUUCUGGACCUCGCACCUGUUGUUGUGGACUGCUGGUUUGGAGUUCAUGGGACAAUGUGGUAUAUCUGGUAUUACAGCCUUUGCCUUUACAGACUGCCCACAGGAGUGCGUGAUUCUUUCCUGUGGGCAGGGUUACACUCCUGAUGUUGAGAUUUGGUAUCAUCAUUCACCUUCUUAGCACCCUACUAGGGCUCAGAUGAGGGCCGAGAACACCAGACUUACCUCUGAGGUUAGACAAGGCCAUCACUUCCUUGAGUCUUAUCAGGAAAGAGAGGUAAAUAAGUUAAUCAAAAUAUAAUACUGGUCUGUAUAAAGAAAGUCAUAAAUGGACAUUGUAGUCUGUGAACAGUAUUAAACCCAUAACCACUUCUAAAAUAGGCAAAUUCAAGAUUCUCUGCCUAUUUACAUUCUGGAGUUUAUUAUUUCCUGAAGACCCGUUCCUUCCAUCCUGAAGCUGAGCAGCACCACGUGGACAUCAGAAAGAAGCGGUGCUUUGCUGUCUGGGCACCACCUAAACAACUCUAACCCGUUGCAUUGUGUUUAAUUUUCCUGUCUGGGCGAAAAACAAAUGCCCCACUGAAGAUGAGGCUCCAGGACUGCCAUGGGCUGGUUCCUCUGCCUGUCCCUCCCUACUCUUUCCUCACUUGCCCUAACCUCUACCAGCUGCUCUCAGAAUCGUAGACACUCAGGACCAUCUCAGGCAUCCAAGCAUGGCAAAAGUGGAAAGAGUUCAUUUUGGCCUUCAAACUUUGAAUUCCCAUCUCUCCCCAGAAGUCAGAUGCUGUUACUUGAAUGAUUUAGGAAAUGAGUGUGUGCACCAAAGACAAGAAGAUAUUGUCUAUAGUCUGCGUGCUUGUUUUGCUCUGUAGAACAUUUUUUAAUUUAUUUUAAGAUAAAUUAUUAAGUUGAAGAUGUGUGUCCCUAUUGAGAAGUGAAAUUCUCAUAAUAGCAAACCUCUGUCUCGAAGUUUCUAGAGUUUAGUCUUCGCGCAGGAAAGAAAGAUGCAGUUAUAAUAAAUGUGUACACACACUGAGGAAUCAGUUGAGUUCAUCAGAACGAUGACAGGCAUUUACAGCGUCGCCUGUGACAGCAGGAGCAGGAGGGGACCUGAAAGUUUACUCCUGCCUCCCUUGCGUCUCACAAUUGUACCUGAGAAAAGUCUCCAGACUCCAGCUGCUGCAUCCGAGCACUCGGUGCUCACCCUGAGCACUUGCCUUCCAGACUGGUUUCUCCAUCAGUCCUGUCCUUCAAGUAAUCCCGGAGAAUGUGGAUGAUCUUAGGCGUGAAUGGAAAUGCCUUAACCUUACAAUUCAGACUAGAGCAGCAUGGUAAGACAUCCACCAGGUUCACACUUACAGAUACCCUGGACUUUACGGCUUCUUCAAAAGACAUUAGAAAACCCAAAGACAGCGUAACCCUUAAGUGUGCACGUUUGUUGUUUUCUGCAUCUCUCUUCCAGACUUGCCUUUGCGUCUCAGAUAUUUCACUAUGCACACUUCAUUUCUCUUCAGUUUCAUUCUGUCAUUACAUGAGAUUUGCUGAAAUCAUCAUUGGGAUAUUUGCAUUUUGCACAGUGACUGGUGUGCUAGCUCUUGACAACAGGAAAGCACUGAAAUGUUACAGCUGGGUCUCCUGAAUGCUCAGGUGGGGUCUCAUCAGCAUCUCCUCGUGCAUUUGCUGUUGAGCUGUCGUCUUUAGCCAUAACGAGCAACCUGACUAAGAGAAGCAAAGGUUCUUGGGGCUGUUUACCAGUAGUGUGGAAAUAGUGUUUGCAUGUGGCCAAGGAAAGCAAAGAUAUUUCUCUUCAAUUUGUGUUCUUUGGAAGACAGGAAACAUCUUGUGUACAUCCAUUGACUGUUUGUAGGAUCACAUUGUCUUUAUGAUACUGAACUUUACAGCUGCUAUACUUUUUUACAAAUGAAAAUCAAAUUAUAAUAGGAAUAUAGGUUGUUUUCCACUCUUCAUUAUUUGGACCUAAAGUUAAUUUUUAAUAAGGUGUAUCUUUACUCUUUACAUUAAAAUGCCAGAAAAGGAAAAACAUACUGAAAUAAGUCCAUGGACUCAGAAAUCUGGACACUGCUGGACCGUGGCAGUGACCAUCGUAACCUCCUCCAGCUGUCUUCACUAUCCCAGAAUCCCGCGUUCCAGAAAAGAUAGGAAUAGGCCAGUCUCAUCCUUUGCUAGCAAUCAUAUCUACAGUUUGAUAGCAAAAAUCAAAAGAAUCUAGGAUUUCUUACUGUUUUAACUAUUUGGAUCUAACUGAGAUGGUUUGUUGAUAGGAUCAGGAAUGAUAAAUGUGGAUACCCAGCCACUCCAUACUGGGAUCUUUUUAAUGAAGCCCUGCCUCCUAACCAAGAACCUACUCUUCCCUCUUCUAAUCUUCGCUUCCUCUCCCACACCUGUCCCUUCUGUCUCUCUGCAUAACUCCUCUCGAAGAUAUUUGCAUCAGCAGUAACACCGUUUAAAAUAGCACUGUCAGAACCUAGUAGUAAACCACCAUGCAGGCUUCAGAUUUACUUCUGAGUCCAAAACAAUUUGUGCUACCCAGGGCAGUUACCUCUGGGUUAAACAAGUACAGGGUAUCAAUCCCCUCUUCAGGUCUAAACAGGAAUUUUUCUCUAGGGAAAAGUGGGAAGAGCUCAAAAAGUAGUUAAUAAGGAAGGGGAAUUCCUUCUGUGACUACAGGUCUCUGAGAAAUUACCUUUCAAAAGAGAUUGCAUUGCUCAUAAGAGUGUUGUGGCCUAUUGAUAAAAACAAUUUUGUUCACUUUCUUGUCUUGAAAAAAAGUGGCCUUAGCUUUUUGCAAUACUUGAAUAAAGUGUGUACUUGCAAAAGAAUUUCUGUAGCACAGCAUUAGAGACUCAUAACUUCUGCAAGAAAUUCAAACUUACAUCUUCCUUUUACUACCUUAAGAAUACUAGUGAAUAAAACAUAAUUCAAAGAGCAAGUGAUAGAAACUACAAUGAUGUUUAAUGCAAAUUGUAGGAAUUUACAUGUUUACAAAUCAUCUUAAACUGGUUGUGCAGCAAUUCAAUAAAAUCUUUGUAUUAUAAAAAUGUGAAGAAAAAUGUAAACUGGUGUAAAGGAGGUACUGUCAUUUUAAUUAACCUAUGUUUAAAAGCUUUUCCUUCUGGACUUUGCAAAGCCUUCUUGGUUACACAUUGCAAAGCAUUCUCUAGGGGGCUCAGCCUCCUUGUGUGUACUGUACUGUGCAGACAUGGAAAAGAAACCCGUUUACUGUGUGUGUGUAAAUAGCCUGGUCAUCAGGCCAUUUCAGCCAAUAGUCACACCCGUGCAGUCUGCACAGAAGACUAAGGGUGUGGUUUGUAAGUAAUCUGUAAAAUAACUGGGAUGGAUUCCCAUGUAUAGCUGUGUAAAUAGAUUUGUUAACUAAAAUGUACUUUAAGAUGAAAUCUGUAAAUAAAUUGAUUUA